AAUACAUUUUCAAAAGGAUUAAUGAACCAUAAAAAACACAGUUAAGUCAUGUUUAUGUAAUAUAACACUAAGUUAUUAGUUAGUGAGUAAUUGAAUUGUGUUUGAUCUGUCCACUACAGUAAGGUUUGACUUGAUUUUUAUAAAUAUCCCCCAAAAAUAGUUUUCUUCUUUGUUUUGUGAAUCCAUUAUCAUGUAGAUCGAAACAAUUGUAAGAUAACACUUUUAUCUAUAAAAGCCUCAUUUAGGACCUCUGAGGAAACAACUCCGCGUACUUCCAGCGGUCUGCGACCCGCAGUUUUGAAACCUCACUGUGCACUGACGCUGGAAGGCGGCUGUUGCGCAGUCCCGCAGCGAUUAUACAAUACAGUCGCUAAUUGGACUCGGAGAGGCGCGCGUGUUGUUCGAACUCGCACCGCAUGCAGGGUCUUUGCGCUCAGUGCUUGUUGGUGUGAUGGGGGACAGUGUGUGAGCAUGGCUUUACAACAAGGAUAGACCCGGGGGUGGUUUCAUGGAGCGCAGCCGGGCUGUGGUGUGGACCUGCCUGCUGGGGGCCCUGGCCUUGCCUCCAGCUUACUCUGUUACAACCUCCGAGGCUGACCCCCGUCCCCCGCGGCUGCUCCGCUGUGUGUUCCUCAAUCGAGCUAACGCCACGUGCCACUGGGACGCCGGAGACAUCCAAACGACACACUACACUCUGCAAGUUCAACUGGUGUUUAUUUUGGACACCACUCAACGGGGCCUCUUCUCAUCGGACUGCAGAACAGAUUCCUUCCUCCGGCUACCACCAAACAGCUCUGCGAAGGAGUUCACCUGCAUCACACCUAACACCAGCUGCACGGCGGCCUUCGAAGGCACAGACGUGAGGUCCUGCUUCUGCAUCAGCAUCACAGCACACGGUCCCAAACAAAACAUAACGUCCCGACCCCGCUGUCAGUCUGGCAGGACUGAAGUGAUGUUGCCUCCAGCUAUUUUGACAAACGCAAAGUCAGUCAGCAGGAGCGCUGGGUGUCUGACUUUAACCUGGAGACACACCUUGUCUAUGUUUCCUGUGGCUCCCUCUGAAAUCAUAUCAGGAAAACUGAACUCCCAAAUAGAGUUCACAACCCAGGGCCAGAGCCAUGCUCAUGUCCAAAAUGUGGAGGUGACAGGUGACAGCUUCCUGGUUUGUAUCUUCAGGCCCGACACUUCGUACACCAUCCGGCUCCGUCUUCGCUUCAGGGGCCCAGAGAGUCCCUGGAGCCCGUGGAGCAACACCUGCCGGGGGAGGACAAGAGAGGACGCUCCAUCUGCAGCACCAGCCUUCUGGAGACAAGUGAAACAAACAGACAAGGAGGGUUGGAGGCUCCUCACACUGCUCUGGAAGCCUUUGCCUCACUUUCUAGCAAAUGGCAGAAUCCUUUUCUACAAUGUGACGUGUCAGACAGAGAGCUCUCAGGUCCUGAAGGAUCAUGGGAGCUGCAGAGAUUUGCAUCAUACAACUACUUCCUGUAGCUUGCUCCUUCCUGCCGGACGAUGUUCCUGCGCCCUGACGGCUUCCACCUCUGCAGGGGCCUCGCCAGCAGCCCAAAUAUGGUUCAGUGGAGCUUCUGAGACAAAUCCACCAGCCCCCAGCCAAUUCACUGUAAGUCCCCUGAAUGACAGUGGGUUGGAUGUUCGUUGGACGGCUGCAGUCGAUCGGUCCAUAACCAGCUUUGUGUUGGAGUGGUUUGCAGUCAGAGAACAAAACAGCAGCGUCCUACUCUGGGAAGUGCUGAGUAGUUCCUGUACAGAGCGGGUCAUCACAGGAGUGAAGCCCAUGGAGCGUUACGCUGUCUCUGUCAGAGCGCUGUAUAGGGGACGAGGAGCGGGACAGAACAGAACCGUUCAUGUUUAUACUCGCCAAGGAGCGCCCUCAGCUGGUCCUAAAGUGUCAGUGCAGCAGAUCUCUGGCAGCAAAGUGGUUCUCACGUGGAGCCCUGUGCCUGUGGAGCAGCUUCACGGUUUCAUCCGCAACUUCACAAUCAUCUACAUUACACUAAACCACUCGACCGAGAGAGUGAUUCUGCCUGGUAGCACUCCGCCGUACUCUCUGGAGGAUCUGUCACCGGGUGACUACGACAUCUUCAUGCAGGCCAACACGGACGUUGGAGCUGGAGCAGCUGGACCCAAAGCUAAAGUGCACAUAGGCCCAGAGGAAGUCUCGAUAGUGCUGUAUGCCGUCCUGCCUCUCAUCCUGACUUCACUGGCGCUGGUGCUGAUGGCCUGCCUGGCACAGAACAAGAAUGUGAGGAAGAAGCUGUUUCGAGACAUCCCAAAUCCUUCCAACAGCAGCAUGGCCCACUGGAGCCCCAAAAUAAAUGUAGAGAGUAUUAAGUGGCCUACUAUGGCAGAGAGGCCUGAAAUCUUAUACUCUGAAGUGGUUUUUCUGGAUGAAUGUGAGCUACAGAGCCCCGACACUGACCAGGACCUUGACUAUCAAAGAGAUCUCCAAACGUAUUUCUGUCACCGCAACACUUCGCCGCCAGUUUCAGGAGUUUCGACACCUGAAAACAUCAUAAAAUCUGAGAAUGACUGCAUCAAAAGCCCAACUAGAGCCAAAACGACCUCUGACACUGAUCUGUCCUCCAUCUACGCCAAUGUCAUCUUCCCUGAGACGCUCAAAAGUGUCCCUUUACCUCUCACAUCCCCGACAUAUCUUCAAUCCCUUACCUGGCAGCACAGCUCUGUCAGCAGUAAUGACGUUAAGCGGCAGCUAGGUGGAGACAGUAAACUAUCAGUGAGCUCUACCAGAUCUGAUUCUCCUCCAUGCCAAACAGAUGAGCUGAAAAACAUCCUUCUUUUUCUGAGACAGCAUCAGAGCCUUGCCUCCUCUCGAUCCUCCUCCAUCCUGCUUUAUCACCCAGCUCAGGUCACAGCACCCAAACCUUUUUCCCAAAGCCUGUAUAGGUCUGUCCCCUCGCUCCAGGCCAACACCUGCCCUCGUUCUGAUGACCUUUUGAGUAUGUCGGGAUCCUCUUCUCACUCUGUUUUUGUGGAUUUCUCCUACCUCCCUGCAGUACGACCCAUCUCCCCUGCUGUUUGAUUUUAUGAAAGGGGAAUAAAAUGUUCAAUCACAGUGUCAAUUGAAAAUAUGUACAUACACUUGAAUUCUUGCCAAGUCAAAGGUUACAAAGGUUAAAACUGUAAUACCUAAACUGUGGAAAAAAACUUUGUGGUGCUAUAGGGACUUUUUGGUUGACCUUUGGACAGAGGCUAGCUGUUUUCCCCUGCUUCCUUCCUGUCUUUAUGCUAAGAUAAUUGUCUGUAAGGAAAUUGUACAGUCAUGACAGUGGUAUCAAUGUUUUUACGUACAGGAAGGCAAAUACCAUGACAUGGACAUGGCUGUUUGAAUUAGACAUGUCAAAACAUGAAUCAUUGCACUAUGAAUCAUAUGUCAUAUUUGUAAAUGACUCUUGCUAUUUUUUGUUUGAUCCACUGCGAAGGUUUUAUAAUGUGUUGUUGACAAUGUAUUACUUCAGACGGCUGAUUCAUAUACUGGACAUUUUGUGUGAGAUAUACUUUGAACGCUGAGAGAAACGCUGCUUAAACGCAACAACAUCUUCUGUAAAUACUUUUUACACUGAUCAUUGAGAAUUCCUGUUUUUUAAUUCAGUGCAGUAUGCAGCUAAACUCAAUUUAAGCUGCUUUACUUUUGGGUAUGGUGUAAAACCAAACACAAACCAAAACCAUUAUAAUGAAAAAACGACCAAGUACGUAACUUAACAAUGAAAACAAGGACUAUCUAGAUUGUGUAUCAGCAUCGCUCAUCCUCUAAACCAAGGGCUGUCCAAAACUUUUUUCACCAAGGGCCACAAUCAGAAAAACGUACGGAGGGCUGGGUCACUUACUAGAGCCUCAUAAGUUAGCUAAAUCAAUCAAAUGUAGGUAAAUUAUUAUUGAUACUUAAAAAUCCUUCAAAAAAACCAACAGCCUACAACAUAGCUCUCUAUAGGGUUUCAUUUAUUUUGUGAGGAACUCAACACCUAAAAUAGAAUCUUCAGAUUGCUUAUAAUAAGAAAACUAGGAAGGGUAUUUUUUAAGCUUGUUACGAGCUACUUAGAUUUGUUAGAAAAAAUGUUUUCAACUUUUACAUAAUUCAUUUGAAAAGUGUGCUUAUUAACGCACACAAUACUACUGUGAAAUGUAUUUUGACAUAUAUAUUCAAGAAGUACAAUACAAGAAAACACAAGGUUCAGGUUGGGACUUUAUUCCAUUAUAUUUUGGAAUUUGCUGAGAGCCGAUAUAAAAUGCCCCGCGGGCUGCAUUUGGCCCCCGGGCCAUAGUUUGGACACCCCUGCUCUAAACUAUAGACAUCACAUCCCUGCAGGUCGGUUUCUCCUGCUGGAAGCUCUUUCUGUUUGUUGAUGCCUUUUGUCUCUUCCUCUCGACAUGUCACAUAUUUUUCUGUCACAUCCUUGAAUUGAACUUUGAGUUUUGUUUAGUGACGGUAAUACAUUGAACCACAUUUGAUGCAAUGUUUGUAAAUGUGAUUACUUCAGAGUUUAAGUUAUUUUCAAUCAAUGUCAUUUGUAUUGUUUGUUUGAAGGUUCAAAUGUGCUGUGAAUGCAUGAACCACCUCUUUUUUUUUCAUUUAAUAGGAAUGCACAGAUUCUGUAAACGUUUGGCUUCAUAACUUAUUCACCCUGCAUAACACUGCUCUAUUCAAGUGUCCCAGUGAGCCAUGACAGUGUGGAACCUGAGAAUAAAUGGAUUUCAGCCCCUAUA